AAGAAAUUGUAAAAUUAGGGGGUCCCUACGAACAACAAUAAUUAACGGACGAUGUGCAAGCGUUGCUCUCAGUAUUUAACCCCUCCUCUCUUUGUUUGAAUUUAAGUUUUCGCGACCAAGAUACCUCUGGUAUCAGUAUUUCGUUGUUGCACUCUCGGUUUCAUUUCAAAUAACAACGACUGUAUCUAGCGAAAAAAGUCAAUAGCUAGCCAAUCUUUGGCUGCUUUACAAAUAUACCGAUACUAUAUACAAGUAAUUAAAAAUGUCGCGCACAUAUGCACUUUUCGUGUGCCUUUUCGCUGGUUUUCUUCUCGUAGAUACACAAUUUAAUGUUGAUAUUCAAGAACCUAAAUUAACUACAUUUUUAAAUAGGAUAACCAAUACAACUUUUGAUUUAAUAAAAAGUGGCAUAAGCGUUUUUGGACAAACAAUAGAAAACAUAAUUACCACAUUCUCAAAAAUAGAAGAUCGAUUAAAUGCUCUAAUAGAACUGAUUAGAGAUCAGCUAAUAAAGGGUGUUCCUGAGCUCAGUAUACCAGUGUUGGAUCCGCUACAUGUUAACAAAAUUGAGUUUGACGUAAGGCAUGAAGCAGCCAUAUUAAAGGGAAAGGCUGAAGACAUUACAAUUAGGCAAAUAUCCAAAUUCAUAGUCGACAAAGAAAAAUUGACAGAUUUAGGAAAAUUACGAUUUAGAUUGGAUUUAAAUUUGACCUUCCCAUCUAUUAAAGUUAACGGAACUUACCAGGUGAACGGUCUUAUAGGACAAACAUUUAGGAUUUUCGGAAAUGGACCUUUCAAGCUAAACAUAAUAUAUCUAAAAGUAGCAACUACAACAAUCCUAAAGUUUAAUUUGCCUGGUCAAUUGCAAGUAGAAAGAAUUAAAAUUAAUCCCAGAAUAAGGAAACUUGAAAACAACUUCGAGAACAUGAUGAAUGAUCCAGACACAGGAGCACUUAUCAACAAAGCUAUUUCAAGGCUAGCCCCAGAAGCAUUAAAGAUUUUGUGGCCUGAGUUGAAGAAGCCAAUCGAAAUACAACUUUUGAAGUACAUAAACAACAUCCUGGAUAACGCAUCAGUCGUCAACAUUGCCAAGAGGAUAUUCAACAUUACAUAAAUUUUAAUUCAAAGAGAGUCAUAGAUAUAUUUUAGUAUAAAUUAGAAACAUUAAGGUGACUCCCUAAAAUCUAAAACCGGUUUAGGUAAUCCUUUUCUAGUAGUGCAAAUAAUUAUAGAAACACAACUUUUAUUUUAUGAUGAAUAAUAAGAGCCAUGUUAAAAUCUCCAUAUUAUGAAUUUUAAAGCUAAUUGAAACAAUAAUUACUUUUUAUGGGUCACUUCCAUGUUAUGGCCUCAUAGUUCAUUUUAUAAAAUUAAUUUUAAAAACUAAUCACCCAAAAUUACACAUCGUUAUAUCUGACGGUUAGAUUUUCAUGUUGUUCUGAAGCUAUUUCCUUGUAUCAUUUUUGCAUUAAACUAUUCCGAAUGGGAAAUAAGCCACAAUUUAACUAAAAAAAUGAUGUUAUUAACGUUUCGACGUCCAAAUCGGAUGUCGUUGUCAAAAUACAAAAUAUUACUAAAUUAAACAAAAAUGUUCGAUUUUCACCUCUGAAAUAUUCUUAAAAUACAAAUUAAACAAAUUAUUAUUUUUUGAUACUUGUAAAUAGAAAAAAUUCUUUAAUAGUUUUAUUGCAACUGCUUGAUUCAUAAUGACAACUCCAAUUAAUAUUGUACCUGCAUUUUAACGUAUGUAGAAAAUUUGACAAUGAUUAAUAAUUUUAGGUACUUUUUCUUUAUGUGUUUAUGUGUCUGGCGGUAUGACGGUAAGUCUAAGUCAAAAAUAAAACAAAAAAAAAUCAAUAAUUUGAGGUGCGAUCCUGGGUCAACCUUAUUGAAAGACAUUUCACUUGAUUAAUGAAAUCAGCAUUAACUUUAGGAUACCUGUCAGAAAAAAUAAUGAUAUGAUAUGAUUGGUAUUUAAAAGGAAAAUCAUUUUUUCCACCUACCUCUACCGAAAGUAUACUUUUCCGGACCUGAUUGUAGGGAGCAAAGUUGUACUUUUCCUCCCUAGGGAGGAAAAUAUUUUUCCUCCCUAGGGAGGAAAAGUAAAAGUGACGUCAUGGUAUUUCAUUCAUAAAAUAUAACUUAUUGACGCCCUGUAUAAUAUCUAUUUUCUAUUACGUAAGUAUCUAUACAUUUUAACGUUUAUUUAUAAAACACCCUGUAUUUUGCAGAAUGGUAAAAAACAGUAAAUUGUUGUUUUGAUUUAACAAUGUUUACAUUAAUAAUUUGACUUAUAUUUGACAGUUGACAGUUAUAUUGUACCUACUUGUUAGUUUUAGUUCUAAUAAAUUUUGUUGGUUAGUUACAUAAAAUAAAUUAAAUAAAAAUGAAAAAAUGACUUGCUAUUUGAGGAAGGUGGAAAAAUCAUAUGUAUAACAUGGGAGUAAAGUGUCUUUUCCUCCCUUGAAUGAUUACUGCCCUCCGCUACGCGUCGGGCAGUAAACUUCAUUCUCGGGAGGAAAAGUAGCACUUUCCUCCCUUGUUAUACAAAUAGCUAUUACAGUAGAAUCCUCUUGUUAGUAACAACUAUUAUAGACGCAUAUUCGCAUAUAGACGCAUGGGUCUAUAUUUGCUGUUAUAAUCUUAUUUUAUUACCAUGAGGCUAAACUAGAACCAGUAGGUAUCAUUAUGAUCCAUGAACCUACAUGUGAUCAUUGCGAUAUUUAUUAACAUUCGAAAAGUGUUUAUUAACAUCUAUUUUAAAUAAAAAAAAGUAUUAUUCUUUGCCGUUCAUAAAUAAGGAGCCUAGCACAAUAGGCAAAUGGGAACGAAAAACAGAUCCUAUAUUAUUUACAAGACAGUAUUAGAGAAAAAUAUCAGUAGAUAGGUAAUGGAUGGAGAAGGAUUUUCAAAAAAACUUAAAAGGAUGGGAAAUAAAUACAACAUUUAAAACAAUAAACACAUUGAAAAAUCUUUUGUUUAAAACCUAACCUAUUAACGAACAGGAGAAAAUAAAGGAUUGUGUUUAAAAAAAAACUUUGUGUAAAUUUUGAUAAAUAGAUACUUCAAGAUUAUCAAUUCAAUAGAAAAUAUUUACAGCGACCAAAGAUACAGUGUUGGCAGAUUGACUGAAUUGGCAAUACCACACAAGCUAAUAAGACUCAUUAAAGCCACAAUGGAUGAAACUCAGGCAUGUGUACGAAUACAAAACCACCGGACAGACUUUUUCAAAAUUUCGCAGGGACUAAAGCAGGGAGAUGGGCUGGCCCCAACAUUGUUUAACCUGGCACUGGAGUAUGUGGUUAGGCAAAUGCAAACUGGGUGAGGAAACUUACUGACCAAGCGAACGGUUCAACUGGCCGCUUAUGCCGAUGAUAUUAAUAUUAUGAGUAGAACAUCAACAGGAGCACAGGAAACAUACGCAGAGUUAAAAAUACAAACAAAAAUGCUAGGUCUGGAAAUUAACACAGAAAAAAACAAAAAUAAUAACUCAAGCGAGAAGAAAUAUAGUCCCACAAAACAUUAUACAUGAAGAUGACAUUGAAACUGUUGGAAAGUUUACAUACCUGGGAGUAGAAAUACAUGCCGACGGAUCAGAAGAUAAAGAAAUACGGAAGAUAAUAACGCAGGCAGAGAGCUUAUUUUGCCCUCUCCCAUAUACCUAUUUCGGUCUAAAAGUGUCCAUCGAAAUACAAAGAUGAGAAUCUAUAAAACUUUAAUUCGACCAAUAACAUGCUAUGGCAGUGAAGCCUGGGUCCUGAAAGAAACAUCCAAAAACAAACUCGACACAUUCGAAAGGAAAGUACUGAGGAGAAUACUAGGACCUGUCAGGGAAAACGGAAUCUUCAGAAGUCGAUACAACAACGAACUUUAUCAACUUUAUAAGGAAGCAUCCCUGUCAGACUUCAUUAGAAUACAAAGAUUGCAAUGGGCCCGACAUGUGAUAAGAAUGGGAGAGGAUAGGCUACCAAAAAGAGCACUCAAUGCUAGAAUGCAGGGAAAGAGACCGGUUGGAAAGCCAAGAAAGCGCUGGGAAGACACAGUAAACAGCGACGCACAAGCCCUUUUAGGAGUCCGUGUAUGGAGAAGAGCAGCCACAGACAAGCAAGGGUGGAGGCAAAAAAUAAAGGAGGCCAAGGCUCAAUUUGGACUAAAGUGCCGUAGAAGAAGAAGAAGAAAAAUACAGAGAGUUCAAGUUGAAAAAUCUUCAAAAUUGAUUUUUUGCAUUUUGCAUCAAAUUUGAUUUUUGAACAUGUUCCACUAAUUCUAAAUAAAAAUAAACUUCAUAUUCGGAUUCAGCGACUUCGAAACCAAAAAAAUACCAAAAUUUGCCAUUCACCUAUCAUGGUGGCUCUUUCGAUUUCUAAGCCUCAAAUUAGGGGUGUGCCUCUCGCCUACACAUUUCAAAAGCUUCCACGCCAUACAAAAAAGUUAAAAUACAUACUUAGCACCAGAGCACUCACAAUCUAAUGCGUUAAAUGCGCAAUCCUUAUUUUGAAAUAUACUUCUGAUUUCUCACACGAGUUGUCGCGUGUACAUAAAGCGAAGUAUGUAGAAUGCCUGAAUUCAACUAAAAGAUUUUAACAAUUCUUUCGCGUUUGCCUAAAACCUAUCCGUAUGUCUCUCUCUUUUUGGUGGUAUUUAGCUAAUCGUUAUAUAGUUUGUAUGCAAGUGUGAAAAAUCGUUUAUAGUGGCAAAUCACUAAAACACUUUUUUCACAAUACGCCAAAGAAAUAGAUAUUAUGGUAGGGGAGCAAAGUAUGCUAAAUGUGCAGUCAAUCGAGCGCUUUGGGGACCUAUUGGGUUGUAAAGAGUAGGUCCUAAAACCAAAAUAGUUAAGUAAAGUUUUCCAUUUUAGUGGGCGCUUGCAGUUUUUUAAUUUAAUUUUCCAUUUCCAACAAUCGUUUUUCCGAUUAUAACGCCAUCUAUCCAUAAUUCGAAAAAAUGUUUCGAAUAAAAUUUACUUAUUUUUACGUAAGAAAUCCAAAUCUGCAAUAAAAAAUGAGGGCUCCUAUUUAAUAUUUUAAAGUAACCCCCACUCCACCUCCGUGGGGGUCGUGUUUGAUGCCAUUCGAUAGAUUUUUCAAAAAUAUUGAAUAAGUGUUUUUCGAUGUGAUGUUCAUUUCGUGAAAUAUCGCGGGAUUCGUAUUUAAAAUAUUAAAUUUACCCCCCACCCCUCUUCGUGGGAAGUCGUGUUUGGCAUUAUUCAAUAGAUUUUUAAAAAAAUAUUGAGCACAUAUUUUUUGGUUUUUUGAUCUGUCAUUCAUUUCGUGAAAUAUUCGCUUUUUUCUUGUGAAACUUUGGGACUCACCCAUUUCCUUACGCCUGGCUCAAAUCGUCAGAUUUUUGAAAUAUACACUCUUUUGCAUGUACUUAACUUACCUUAUCUUAAUCUGACAAUUUCGAGUUUUCUAAGGAUAGAUUUUUUUCGGGCCGCCCUUAACGAACUCCCCUGUGUUAAGAGCCAAUAUUUGGUAGAGGUACAUUUGCAGGGUACUAGGUUUCUCCCCAUAUGAUGAUCUGACGCGCUUUAGUAACUGCAAAAAUCCCCGCUUGAGCUCUCCUACCAUUAGGUAAGAUUGGAACUGGAUAGAUGACGAUAGUAUUGGAUACAGACCAGUAGAAGAGACAAGGAGAGGAUUACGUCCAAAAAUCGAUAGUACAUAUUAUAAGGCAGAUAAAUAUAGAGGGUAACAAUACCUACUAUGUAUCAUUAAAUAAAGCUAUCCCUACUUUUAGGUAAAGAAAAUACUGUUUAUUAUAUCUGUACUGAUAAAUAAAAAGGUCUUAAUUAAAAAAAAUAUCUAUUUACUUCUAAAAAGUAAUUGCAUUUCAACGCUUUUUAACUCAUUUUUUGAAAUUAUAAAAUAGAAAUGAAAAUCAGUCGAUAAUAAAUCAAAUCAAAUUGUAUAUAAUCAAAAUUUCAGUUAUUUUAAAAUAACUUAGAAUUAAAAAAAUUCCGUUUAUUAAAGGGCUCUUUUUAAAAAUAAUUUUUAAAAUUUGAGGAAAAAUUAGUUUAUUGUGUUUCUUCAUAAAAUAUUGUUGUGUUUAAUCAAACGAGCUUUAAAAUAAAUUUAAGAAAAAGUUAUUCGUUAGAUGUUGUAUGUCUUGCCCAAAACAGGUAAUGGAAAGUUUAAAAAUGAAUAGAAUAUAUUAUUAUAAUCAGUUGUAUCAUCCUUGAAAACCAUUAACCUCUUCCAUUAAACCAUUUGCACGUUAGUUUUUUUCACUGUGAUACGAAUAGUUUUACUUUUAACAGGUUAUUUUUAAUUAUAAUUUUUAUACGACUAAUGUACCUAAAACAAUAUAUAUUCUUAGAAAAUAA